AUGAGGGUAGUGUCACCCGAUUUUGAACAGAAUAUUGAAAGUAAUAACGAUGACAUACCAUUAUAUUAUUGCGAUAAAAAUGACAAAUUGAAGAACGAUAACAGACGAGCAUUGCGAUCACUUUCAAUCGCUUCAGUAGUUACCACAAUAUUUAUCGUAAUUGAAUUUCUUGGUGGUUACUUUGCAAACAGUCUAGCAGUGAUGACCGAUGCUGGACACAUGGUUUCAGACUUACUAAGCUUUUUUGUGUCCAUCGCUGCUAUUAAAUUAGCCGAGAAGGAGCCAACAAAGCGUCUACCUUUUGGAUAUUAUCGUGCGGAAGUACUAGGUGCACUAGUCAGUAUAUUGAUGAUAUGGACUUUAACGGCUGUCCUUGUAUAUUCAGCAAUUGAGCGGACAAUUCAGCAGGAUUUCAAGGUUGAUGCUGUAGUAAUGCUAUAUACUGCAUUAAUAAGCGUUCUGUUCAACCUUGUUAUGGGUGUAAUUUUACAUCUUGGAAAGAUGCCACAUUCUCAUUUCGGUGCAUCAGACAAUCACCGGCACGAGAAGACAACCACAUGCACCGAGAAUGGCACCGACAAAGUUUGUCAGGAAGGAAUUAAUAAUGCCAAAUGUGGACAUGAUUGCAACCAAAAUAUCAUCAAAGUGCCAGAUGCACCCAAAAAUAAUCCGGACCAACUCAUGUCCGUGAGCAAUAUCAACCUUCGAGCUGCAUUCAUUCACGUUCUGGGCGAUUUUAUACAAUCCAUAGGUGUUCUGGCUGCUGCAGUGGUCAUCAAAUUAACUGACUACCACUUAGCCGAUCCAAUCUGCACAUUCCUGUUUUCAAUUCUUGUCAUGUUAACAACAUUCCCAGUAGUUCGAGAUUCUGUACUGGUUCUCAUGGAAUCAUCCCCUAGGAACAUUAAUCUCAACCAGUUACACAACGACCUUCGCCUUAUCAAAGGCGUUCGAGAAGUGCACUCACUUCGAGUGUGGUCGUUAACACCAGAUAAAACAGCCCUAUGCGUACAUUUAGAAACAGAGAAAGACUGUGAUACAAUGGUCAUAAUACAUGAAGCGAACGAAAAACUGCGAAUAAGUUACAGAAUCAAUUUUAUAACCAUUCAGGUGAGAGUAGCUACGCAUCUAUAA